AUGGGGUCAUCAACAAGCCCCAGAGACGGCACAACAGGAACGUCCAACGACACCUGCGGUACCGAAAACGUGCUGGCAGUUUCCGAGUAUGAGUUAGAGCCCCAUAUUUCGUCCUUGUACCCAUCCUCCAAAGAGGGCCCCAUAUCGUACUGUAAGGAUCCUAUCGGAGAACCCAGGCGGGAAUCGACCAGAUCGGCCAAACUGGUGUUAGAACCUCGCGCAGAGGCGCCGUGA